AUGGAGGAAUCGACGGCUACUUCAUCCUCUUCUUCGUCUCAUUAUCUCUCUAUUUUCACGAAUUACCCUCUGAUUUCCGCCGUUCUAGCUUUCACCAUCGCACAGCUCAUCAAAUUCUUCACCUCCUGGUAUAAGGAAAGGAGAUGUGAUCUGAAACGGCUUGUUGGGUCUGGAGGAAUGCCUUCUUCACAUUCAGCAACAGUUACAGCUCUUUCUCUAGCUGUUGGUUUACAAGAAGGAUUUGGAGGAUCACAUUUCGCAAUCGCUUUGACUCUCACAUCAAUUGUUAUGUAUGAUGCAACUGGUGUAAGGUUACAUGCUGGACGCCAAGCUGAGGUUCUCAAUCAGAUUGUGUGUGAACUUCCUGCAGAGCAUCCGCUCGCUGAAAGCAGACCCUUGCGUGAACUUCUCGGUCAUACCCCUCUACAGGUCGUUGCGGGUGGAAUGCUUGGAAUCGCCACAGCAAUUGUUGGGUACUUAGCACCUUGA